AUGGCGGACAAGAAGAGUUUUUUCGAGCAGAAGAUCAAGGAGGCUACCCCCAAGGACCCGUCCAAGGGUGAGGUGAAGCCGGUGGGCCAGAGGGAGUGGACGCCGAACAAUGUGGGCGCUCACUCGUCCCCCAACUACGCCAAGCAGGUCGGCGGCGGCUUCAGACCCAACCCACCCCCUCCCAAGAACCUCUCCGACCUGCCCUAG